CUGUUGUAGUAGUUGUGAUCACAAACUAAUAAGAGAUACGGUUGUGAACGAUAUUCGUGGUAAAUAUUUUCAGCAGUUCUAAAAAGUAACGGAAAAUGGUGAAACUUUGCAGUGCAAUAUUAAUUUUCUUCACUUGGACUUUGUGCUGCACUGUGGCAGCCUUUCAAGGUGGCCCAGAUCCGUGGAAUAUAAAAGAUAAUGGACUAUAUGAAAAGAUUAAAAUAGAUAAAAAUGUUCCUCCUGAUUUGAAGAUAUUGCCCAAGAAAAAAGUAGAAACAGAAGGCAAUCUCGGACAUGGAGAGUGGUUCUUUAGGAGAAUCUUAGCAAUUGUCCUCAAAGGAGGCCAAUUUAAGCAAAAUGAGGAUGGCAGUGUGGAUAUUUCAUUACAAAUGAGAAUUAAUGGAGAAGAAUGGAAUAUAUUAGAAGGUUUGCUAAGAUCUCAAACUCCUCUCUCUGAAGACAUGUAUAGGCGUUCUGUGGGGUAUAUUGAGCAGGCUAUAUACCAACCCAGUAUCACUGACAAGAUUAUCAUGGCAUGGGGAGACUAUGUCCAGAUUUACCUAACUGAGUAUAAGACUGAAAUCACCUGGACAUUGGCCGCGUCAGCAGUUGCUUUUACAUUGUUUUGGCUCUGGACCCAUAUGUCUCACAAACAUCUGAUGGGAAUUGUUUUUCUGGCUUUAUAUUUUUAUGAAGCUUUCGUUAGCUUUAAGGAAGCUGAACAACAAGAACUCGACACAUUUCUAACAGCCGUAAACAGCUGCAAAUGGUACAACAUAUGGUCUUCCCAGUGUGAAGUACCUAAACCUAACCCAACCGUCUUCCUUAAACACAUGAAUCCUUUGAAAAUUGCUGUUAGAAUGUUCACCACACUCAUAUCAGAGCCUAUGAUUGUUCUUAGUGAUGCUUUGAAGACUACUGUUCUUAGUAUGACAGAUGGCCUGUGGCCCCCAUUUGACACAGUCGUGUACGGUUUUUUAAUGAUUACUUUCAAUGUGUUGCUUAUGCUCUUUCUCAUUUCGAUUAUUUGUAAUUUCGUAUUCAACAUACCAAUAAAUCUUGGUUACCUUGGAAUAAGUCUUGGAUUGACACAACGUGAAAGAACUAUAUUUUCUGAAUCUAAUGGGCGUAGAUCAGAAAGAAGCGACAAUGAGCAAAAUAGGGCAGAGCCAAUUAGAAAUAAUUUAAAUGAAGAAGACAGAAUAAGUGGUACUAAUUUACAAACAGUAUUAAAUAUAUGCGCUAAGGCUUUGAACGCACCUCAUGGCAAUGGUGCUGCAAACCAGGACCUGAUUGACAAUGGUGCUAAAAACCAGGAACUGACAAAUGGUUCAUUUAGUGAUCAUAAUGUAGGAGCGAGCACUAGUCAAACAAACUCUGAUACAAAUUCGGAUAUCAGUGUAGACAUUCGAAAAAGAAAGAAAGAUACAACCGUAGAUGAAACCGGGGAUGCUCACUAAAAAUUGUUAUUAAU